AUGGGCAACGAGGCCAGCGUGGAGGGCGAGGCGGCGGCGGGCGCGGCGGACGGCGGGGCGCCGGGGCCGGCCUCCAUCCCGGCCGGCGUGCGGGCGGACCUGAGCCAGCUCAGCCAGGAGGAGAGGCAGCAGAUCGCCGCCGUCCUGUCCCGGGCGCAGCAAGGCGGCCCCGCCGGGGAGCCGCCCGCCAUGCCAAGGCAGGCUGCGGGGCAUCCUCCACUUGAUAGCAGCCAGCAACCAAGACAGGCCGGCAAAGCCCCAGAUCCUGGACCACCAACUCUGAGCAAAAGCCGGACCGUUGAUACACUGAGAACAGAGCAGAGGGUGCCUGGGAGGAGUCCGUCAGCCACUAGUCUGCGGCAGUCUCAGUCAAGGACUGAUUUCAAAGAGGAUCCGAAGCCAAGCAUGAUGCCCAGCUUCCUCUCUGAGGCCAACCCAUUUGGCGCCGUCACUUCAGUCGUCAACAAACUCAACCCAUUUGAUUUGAUUUCUGACAUGGAUCCUGCCCCAGAAGGAGCCGCCAAAACCCCAAAGCCUGAGCAGCAGAAGGGACCCACCAAGCUACCCGUUCAACCGUCUCCAAAGCCAGCAGGCCUGCCCCAAGGGACGGCCGCACAGAAAAUGGGACCUUACAAACAGCAUCAGUCCCCUGGGGCGACUCAGCCAGCUCAGCCCCGAACUCCGGGCCAGCCAGCUGCUCCUCGGGCAGGUGAAACAAAAGAGCCGCAAGGGCCGCCGCAGUCGGUGCCUGUGAAGCCCGUGCAGAAGCAGAGCCCUGCAACGCCUUCCGGACCACGAGCAGCGACAGCAGAAGCGUCUCCUCUGCGACUGGGUGCUGCUCAGCCGUCCUCCCAGGCCCCUGCCCUCACAAAGCCAGCAGCCCCGCCAGGCAAACUGCCGUCUCAGCAGCCUGGUGGGCCGGCAAGAGCAGCAGAGCCCAGCAAACCAUUGUCGCAACCCCCUGUAGGCCCUGCAAAGCCGCCUCCCCAGCCAGCCGCCUCUGCAGCCCCACCGGCGGAGCCAGCCGAGCCUGCAAAGCCCAAAGGAUCCAUAAAGCCCCCUGAGCCACCAGGGCUCAGGAAAGCUGCCCAGCAGCAACCAGUGGCUCUGGCUCCGCAGGCCGCCCUCCCUGCCGAGCGGGCCACAAAGAAGGUGUUCUGCCCUCUUUGCACCACCACCGAACUGCUGCUGCAUCCUCCAGACAAGGCCAAUUGCAGCACUUGCACUCAGUGUCAAACUGUAGUCUGCAGCUUGUGUGGGUUCAACCCGAAUCCUCACAUAACAGAGGUCAAAGAAUGGCUCUGCUUAAACUGCCAGAUGCAAAGAGCAUUAGGUGGUGACUUAGCUCCAGUUCAUGGCUCUGGACCACAGCUGUCCUCGCCCAAGCAAAAGACUCCCGCUCCACUCUCAGUAAGCAAACCUUCUUUCCAGCCCCAGAAGCCCAGCGUCACUCAGUCUUCAGAACCCCCAAAGCCGCCAACUCAGUUGAAAACUCCAACGGCUGAUGCUGAAGCCGUGGACUCCCUUCCUAAAUCAGGGCAGACCAAACCGACAAGGAUGGAAGAUAAACAGAAGCAGCCUAGAGUGGAAAAGCCUGCAGGUGGUGCGGAGCCUACACUGGCAGCCUCAGAGACCAAGCAAGAUGCCCCUGGUCCAAAAGCAACAUUAGCUCAGCCAAUAGUGGUGCUUCCUCAGAGGUCAGAGGUGGCCAAGCCAUCUCAAGUGGAAGCCCCUGCAGAUUUCAAAACCUCACCGCAAGUGUCUCAGCAGAAGGCUGGCUCUAGAACUGUUUCUCAGCCUGGGCCCAACCUGGACGUUAAAGCUCAAACACAAGCUGAACCCCUCAAAGUAAAAGGAAGUGCUAAGAAAAUGCCACCUCCCGUGAACCCUCGGCCAGAUGCCCAGCAGGUUCCCAAAGGGCAGCAGACCCCUGUAAGUCCAAAGCCUGAUCGCUCUCGGCCACAUGCUCCCCCUCACCAGCCACAGAGGUUGCCAGAGCCAUCUCUGAAUCUGGGAGGCACCACUGAUGUGCCUAAGCUGCAGCCUACGACCCCUCAAGAAACAGUGACUGGGAAGCUCUUUGGAUUUGGGGCUUCUUUUUUUAGCCAGGCUUCCAAUUUAAUCUCCACAGGGGGGCAGCCAGGGUCUCAGCCACCAGGUACCCCCUCUGGGUCUCCAUCAAAGCAGCCCCCACCUCCAGCCCAGCCUGUGUCCCAGAAAGAUGCUCAACCAUCUCCCAAGGCAACACCUGUGAAGAGAGAUGCCCGGCCUCCCACGUCGGCAAAGCCUGAGCAACCCAAGGCAGAAGUGCCCCCCACUGCCAAAGGGGAGAAGAAGCCUUUGCCUGACAACGACACCCAGCCCCAAGCUGCUAAAGCCAAGCCAAGUGUGGAGGUGUCCUCAGGGCCGGCAGCCACUUGUCCUCUCUGUCAAACUGCGCUCAGUGUAGGCUCUAAGGAGUCUCCCAAUUACCAGAAGUGCACAGAAUGCAAAAAUGUUGUGUGCAAUCUCUGUGGAUUUAACCCAAUGCCGCACAUCACAGAGGUACAAGAAUGGCUAUGCUUAAAUUGCCAGAUGCAGCGAGCAUUAACAGGACACCUUGGGGAUGUGGGCCAAUUGACAUCUCCUGUGCUUCCCAAAUCAUCACCCAAACCAUCAGUCUCUGCUCUAAGCCAUCCUAAGCUUGCUGAGUCAUCUCCCCAGCAGAAGACGGCAGCACAACCUUCCCGGGUACUGGAAAAAACAAAAGAAGUCCCAGAAAUUCAGAAGGAAGAUCUGAAACUUCAGCUGAAAAAAAAGGUAAAGGACAUUUCUGCUAAUAAAGUCCAAGAGACUGUUGAAAAAGAAUAUUUAGAAGCUCAGCAAGAAAAAUUAGAAAAACCAGUACCAGCAGAUAAAAUCAUACAGAGUAUUCAAAGGGAAGGUUCAAAAAUUCACAAGGUAAAAUUGGCAAAGUCUCCCUCUGCUGAUCAGAUUGCAAAGAAAGACCUAAAACUGAUCACAUGGACAUCUGCAGAUAAGAUCUCAGAAGUCAUACAAAAGAAAGAGGCAGAUGAAUUGGCAAAAACAUCACCUAGUGAUAAAAUUCUGAAAGUCAUAGUAGCCAUGACACCAUCACUUGAAGAAACUCAGAAAGGAAAUGAAGAGCGGAAAGUUGCCCAGACACAAUCUACUGAUCAAAUUCAGAAGGAAGUUCCAAACCUUCAACAGGUGAAAUUGGCCAAAGCACCACCUGCUUAUCAUAUUCAAAAGGAGGAGACAAAGAUCGCGCAGGUAAAACUGGUAAAAACUUCAUCUGCUGAUAAGAUUGUACAGCAGUUUCAAAAGGAAGAUUUGAAACAUAAGCAAGAAAAACUGAUUGAAAUAUCAUCUACUAGUAAAAUUAAGAGACCAGAUCCAACAUUUAAGCAGGCAAAACUGGACAAAAUACCAUCUGCUGAUCACAUUUGGAGGGAUGAAUCAAAAUUGCAUCAAGCAAAAAUAGUGAAGACAUCCUCUGCUGAUCAGCUUCGAAUGGAUGAUUUGAAAUUUCAGCAGGUAAAACUGGCAAAGAUGGCUGUGGAGAGUACAGUUUCUUCCAGAUCAAGUACUGAUCAGGCUCAACUGGCAAGAAUAGUGGAAGAUGACACCAGAUCUCCGUUCUUGCCAGACAUACCCCAGUUCCCUGAGAUCAAGCUUGAACGAGUAACAGGUGAAGCUGAAGAACCAAGAAAAAAGGAAGACAUUAAAAAGGAGGAUUCGGUCAUAGGAAUUCCAGAGACCUUCUCCAAAGAUCAGAAGUCCCCAAAACAAAUUUCAGUUCCAGCAAUACCAUUAUCAAAAUCUGAUCACGUGGAAGCACUAAAAAGAAAAGCAGAAAAAGAAGAUGACAAAUCAGACACUUCAAGUUCACAGCAACAAAAAAGUCCGCAAGGCCUCAGUGACACAGGAUACUCGUCAGACGGGAUAUCAAGUUCACUUGGUGAAAUUCCCAGUUUUAUCCCUAGUGAGGAAAAGGAUAUGCUGAAAGAACCUUACAAACAAGAAACCUUUUCGCAAGAAAGCAGCCCAGUGAGUCCUUCUGACCUUGCUAAGCUGGAAAGCACAGUCUUGUCCAUAUUGGAAGCUCAAGCAUGUAGCCUGGCUGAAGAAAAAUCUGGAAAGAGCAAAGUUCUUUGUGACGUUUAUGCUGAACAGACAAAAGACCCCCACAAAAGAAAGCCUCUGGUUAUGACACCAGAAUCCUGCAGUUCAGAUGACGAAGAUUUAACAAUGCCAAAAAUCCAAGGGAAAAAUGGAGGAGCCCCUGCAGAAGAUGAUAAACGAAGCAUGCCACCUUGGAAAGGGUACAAGCAAAAGGCAGAAGCAAUGGAAGAUGCCUCGAUAAGAAGGCAGUGCAGUGACUCUGUAGAAGAUAGCAGUGAGAGUGAGAAUUCACCAGUCCCACGGAGAAAAAGACGGACUAGUGUUGGUUCUUCCAGCAGUGAUGAAUAUAAAGCAGAAGACAGUCCAGGCUCAGGUGAUGAAGACUUCAUUCGAAAACAGAUCAUGGAGAUGAGUGCUGAUGAAGAUGCCUCAGGAUCUGAAGAUGACAAAUUCAUCAAGAAGCAGCUGAAGGAAAUCAUCACAAGUGAAAGCCCAAUAAAGGAAGAAGUGAAGAGUAAAAAAGGGACAGCAGGAAAACAUAAGAGGAUAACGCGCAAAAGUAGUGCCGGCCAUGACGAGGAUGCUGGCAGGCGCCAUUCCUGGCAUGACGAUGAUGAUGAAACCUUUGAUGAAAGUCCACAAUCAAAAUAUAGGGAAACAAAAAGCCAGGACAGUGAAGAUAUCACCAGAGGAGGCCUUCGUCGUUUCAAGACGAUAGAACUUAACAGCACAAUAAUAAAUAAAUAUUCUGAGGAAUCUGAACAGGCAAAGAGGAGACUAUAUUUUGAUGAAGAGCCAGAGUUAGAGAUGGAGAGUCUUACAGAUUCACCCGAGGACAGGUCCCGGGGAGAAGGGUCUUCUAGUCUGCAUGCCUCCAGUUUCACCCCAGGUACCUCUCCGACAUCUGUGUCAUCGCUUGAUGAAGACAGUGACAGUAGUCCAAGCCAUAAAAAAAUGGGAGGAGAAAGUAAACAGCAACGUAAAGCCAGACAUCGGACCCAUGGCCCUCUUCUUCCAACUAUUGAAGACUCUUCAGAAGAGGAGGAGCUCAGGGAGGAGGAAGAACUGCUGAAAGAGCAAGAAAAACAACGUGAACUAGAGCAACAGCAAAGGAGGAGCUCUAGCAAAAAAUCUAAGAAAGACAAGGAUGAGCUCAGAGCCCAGAGAAGAAGAGAGCGGCCAAAGACACCCCCAAGUAAUCUUUCUCCAAUUGAGGAUGCUUCCCCAACUGAAGAGCUGCGUCAGGCAGCAGAAAUGGAAGAAUUGCAUCGAUCUUCCUGUUCUGAAUACUCACCAAGUAUUGAAUCAGAUCCAGAAAACUUUGAAAUCAGUCCAGAAAAAAUAAUAGAAGUGCAAAAGGUUUAUAAGUUUCCUACAGCUGUCUCUUUAUAUUCUCCUACAGAAGAGCAGCCUCCUGAGACUGUUAAAGAAGAUACCAGUCUGAAGACUUUAAUAAGUGUUGAACAAGUAUAUGAAGAAAUGCUGCACACGUCUCACAAAGCCCCCAGGUUCGCAGAUAUCAGUGAAAAAGAUGAGGUCUUUGAAAAAGAGCCUUUGUAUGGUGGCAUGCUGAUCGAGGACUACAUUUAUGAAUCUUUGGUGGAAGAUGCCUACAGCGGGGCUCCUGAAGCUGGUCUCAUUACAAGAAAGGAUGAGAGUGAUGAAUUUAGCCAACAGAAAGAUAGAGAGAAGAAAGCAAAGCCUUCUGAUCAGCUAGACAGAGGCCCUAUGCAAAAAUCUAGAGAUGUACAAGAAGACUAUUACAGCAUAGAGUCAUUGCAUUCUGUUAUGCCUCAAGAAGACAUUGUGUCUAGCUCUUACAUUAUGCCAGAAAGCCAUGAAAUAAUCGUAUUGGAAAGUGAGGCUCCAUCUUCGAGUGACGAAAAGCAGUUGUUCGAUGCAGGUGCUGCUUAUGAAGAGCUUAUGAAGCGCCACGGAGUGCAGCUGAGCCAAAACGCCCGUCCUCCUCAGCUGCCUCCUGCAUUAACUCCUCUCUCAGAGACAAAGACACCUGGGGAAGCACCAGGUAGCACGUCCUGGGCAUCAAGUACUCCUUCAGAAGGUCUCGAUUCACUGCCACUGAGUUCUGUAGGGCUUCCUAUUCCAGACGUCAAAAUUACUCAGCACUUUACAAUGGAAAGUACAGAAGAAGAAAUUGAAUACCUCACUGAUUAUGCCCAGGAGGCUGAAGAAAUUCUUUCCCAUGAGACAUCCAUACUGACCUACUCAGAGGCCUCAGAAAGUGCUGCAUCCAUUUUACCUUCAGAUACAUCGUCUCUUACAUCAUCCACAUCUUCAGUUUACACCACUGGUGGUAGUUCUCCUGUGGCCGGACCAGAUGGCCUGACUUUAGGCCACGCAGAAACAGCAGAUACCGUGAGCAAGUUACCGGAUUCUGAUGGGACCAGUUCAGGGAACCAGGUUCCCAUCACUCCAGCCAAGGACUGCUCUGAAUGGGCUGUGUUACUACCUAAGAGGGCAUUUUUAGCCAAAGAUGUAACUCAUGUAGACCAGGUUUCAGUUUCCUUGCCUGAAAUUGAGCCCUUCACAGCAACAUCUGAAGAUACAAAACCCGGGCAUCUCAUCCCUGUCUCUGUUGCCUUGGAAACCAUCUCAUCCGAAGAGAACAAAACUAGAAAAGAUGGGACUGCUCCUGAGGCUGUGACGGGGUUCUAUGAAGAGGAACAAAAAAGAGGUGCUGUCAGCAUAGCAAGGGCAGCUUUAACAGAUUCUGUAUCUGAUGGAAAGCUUACAUUUACAGCCCCUGCUGUAGAACCCACAACUGUCACAUCCUUCUUUACUCCUACUGUGCCUACGUUGCCACCGGCAGUUUUAUCAUUUCCCACUGUUGCAUCCAAAACAUCCUCAUAUACCCGAAGUUCUUCUUUAGAGUCUCCUGCUCAGCCAUCUCCUCUUCCCACCCCUCGACCUCCUCCGCCCCCGCCCCCACCUCCGCCCCCUCCCCCUCCCCCACCUAUUCUGCCUAAGCCAGCUCUUUAUCCUAAAAAGAAGCCUCUGGCUAAGGCUUCCACCAUAGGACCGCCUGUCAGCAGUGUCAAAUCGGUAGAGACAAGUUCUGCCAUAAAAACCAAUGGGACACUUAUGACAAGGCUGCCUACAUCCACACCCCCUCCCAUCCCUCCGAAACCGGCUUUAAUUCCAUCAGGACUUGUGUUCACACACAGACCUACUGAAGUGAUUAAGCCUCCUAUCGCUCCCAAACCAGCAAUUCCUCAGUUGCCAACAAGUGUUCAUAAACCAGCAGAAGUACAACCCAAGCCAGUAGGUUUGUCUUUCUCGAGUGGUAUGUCUUUGAACCUGGUUUCCCCUGCUGAGUACAAGCCGGCACCCCCCACUUCUCCACUGUCUCCACACUCUAACAGAUCUUCUCCAAGGCUGUCAAAACCCACUCAGGAAACCUAUGUUGUUAUCACGUUGCCCUCUGAGCCGGGAACUCCAACUGAGUCUAUUACCAGCCACGCAAUUACCAGUUGGCCUUCAGGGUCACCCCCUAAGGAACAGGUUCCACUAGACAUGCAACCGUUAUUUACUCCACCCAAGAGUGCUCUACAGAUUCAAAGCACAAGUGAUCAAAUGGCUCCUGCUAUUCCUAUCAGCGCAUGCUCAAUUUUUGAAAUAGUCCCAAGCUCAGCAACACAGUUAAUAACAACAGAGGUUGCCAGAACUUCAGUAUCGUUGGUUAGAAGUGCUGGCUUAGGUAGUGUUUCCAUAACUAUACCUCCAGAUCCAGCACAUUUAGUAGAUCCAUCCAGAUAUAGAGAGAAUGGAAGAUUCCAUCUCUUUAGUGAUAUCAUUGAUCUUCGCACUUUGGCUAAAAUGGAUUUUGAAAGGACAGACAGCUGUAUGGAUCUCUCUGCUGCUCCCAUUGACGUAAGAAGGCAAGCCAUAGCAAGUCAGGUUUCUGGACGGCCAAUAAGCACCGUUCGACCAGCUAUUAUAAAUCUCAGCACUGCAUCAACAGCAGAGCCCUCUGUAGCUUCAGUUACUGAAACAAUUACAAUAGUGACCUGCACAGCUAGUUUAAGCUACACUUCUAGUACAGAAAGUCUUGUAGAUCUUGGACAUGCAAUGACAACUCCGCUGCAGCUAACAUCACAACAUUUUGAACUUGGAUCCAGGGUUGCAGGUAGCCAGGCACAGUCCGCAGGCAGAGACGAAGUGCCCAUAAAUCUGUCCUUAGGUGCUCCAGUGCAUGCUGUUACCUGGGCUUCUACCAAGCCAGUGACUGACCCUCUUGUGGGUGUAACCAAUGGUUGGGCCAAUGUUUGCACUGCUCACGAACCUAUGGAGAGUGGAGCAGUUGAUCUCAGCACCACAAAACCUCACAGGACAAUGGUGACAGUGGAUGAAAUGACUUCGGGAAUUGUUACCACUGUAAUAGAAGAUGAUGAAAAACCUGUGGACUUGACGGCAGGGAGAAGGGCUGUUUGUUGUGAUGUGAUCUAUAAGCUGCCAUUCAGCAGGAGCUGCGUAGCUCAAGCUCCUGCAGCAACACUGCCUGAAGAUCGUUUUGGUUACAGGGAUGAUCAUUAUCAGUAUGACCGCUCAGGGUCUUAUGGCUACAAAGCCAUGGGAGGUAUGAAGCCUUCUAUGUCAGACACCAAUUUAUCAGAAGCUGGACUUUUCCUGUACAAAAGCAAGAAUACGUUUGAUUACCAAGUUGGGGCAACUGAUGUAGCCGUAGACUUGACUUCUGGCAGAGUAACAGCAGGUGAAAUUGUGGAUUACUCAAGCAAGAUUACUAGUCCUUAUCCAGAGACCCGGCAAGUUAUUUCUGGCAUGGGGAUCAGUGAACCUCAGUAUUCCCAAGCAAGAAUAGUGCCAACUUUAGGAUCCCCAUAUGGCACUGGGAAUGUUUUAAGGUCAUCCAAUGGAGUUGUGUAUUCAUCAGUUGCAACUCCGGUCCCAUCGACCUAUGCUAUCACUACACAACCAGGUUCUAUUUUCAGUACUUCAGCUAGAGACCUAUCUGCUCUCCCAACAAUUAGCACAAUGCCCUCGUUAUCAGCUUUGCAACAGAGCCAGGCAUUCCCAAAACCAUACAGUUUCUUGACAACUGCAUCCUCGGACAAAGAGGGUGAGAUGACUGACAUGGACAUUGAACCAAGCUUACAUCCUUACCCCACAGAAAUUAUGGCCACUGAGCCCAGCAACUUGCUGCCUGCCUUUACGACCACUUCAGAAGCGUUCAUAGAUGUCGUUCAGGAUGAAGCAGCGCUUCUCAUUGGCCCGCAAGAGGGCAAGCAGCAGCACCUUGACUUGGAGCGUGAGCUUCUCGAGCUUGAGAAACUGAAACAGCAGCGUUUUGCCGAGGAGCUAGAGUGGGAACGCCAAGAGAUACAAAGGUUCAGAGAACAAGAACAGUUUAUGGUCCAAAAGAAGCUUGAGGAAUUGCAGUCUAUGAAGCACCAUCUCCUAUAUCAACAAGAGGAAGAGCGACAGGCUCAGUUCAUGAUGAGACAGGAAACAUUAGCUCAGCAGCAGCUACACAUUGAACAAAUACAGCAACUUCAACAGCAGCUUCAUCAGCACUUGGAGGAACAAAAGAUCCACCAGAUCUAUCAGUAUAAUUAUGACCCUUCAGGAACUGUGUCUCCGCCAACAACCACAGAUCAAGCCAUUAUUGAAGACCAAUACACAGCUGCUGUAAAUGGCCAGUUUUGGACAGGUGAGGAAGCCACUACAACCACUUCUGCUGCGCUGGGCAUUGAAAUCCCACAAAGCCAAGCCUGGUACACAGUUCAGUCAGAUGGUGUUACUCAGUACAUUCCUAGGCCUGGCAUACUAAGCUCUGUUUCAGAGAUGUCUCUUAAGGACGUGGAAGCAAGAGAGGAAAAGCAGCUGAGAAAGAGGAGCUCCAUGCCAAAGCUGCGUGGCCCAUAUGGAGAACUGGAUGAAGCCAUGGAAGAGGAGCCCCGGUGUCUGAAAAAGAUAAUGGAGAGUGGUGUCCAAACUGACGAUGAGGAUAGUGCAGAUAUGAGCUACACAGACCUGAGACAGAGAACUAAAAAGAGUGUGGAUACAAGCGUUCAGACUGAUGACGAGGACCAAGAUGAAUGGGACCCAAUGAGCAGAUCAAGAAGAAAAACUCAUAUAGGAAAAUACGAUGCAACCCCUGAGGUGGGCAAGGCAAAACCAUUCUCCAAAGUCUCCAGCAUUGCAGUACAGACAGUAGCAGAGAUUUCUGUACAAACAGAACCUGCGGGGAUGAUAAGGACCCCGUCACUAAGAGCCCAGUUGGACGCUAAGGUAGAAAUAGUAAAACACAUUUCAGCUCCAGAAAAGACAUAUAAAGGUGGAAGUUUGGGAUGUCAGACAGAAACAGACUCAGACUCUCAAAGCCCCCAAUACCUCACAGCCACUUCCCCUCAAAAAGACAAAAAACGCCCAACACCCUUAGAAAUAGGUUAUUCAACCCAUCUCCGGCCAGAACCCUCACUUCAAGUCGCCCCUUCCCCUCCAAAAUCCCCCAAAGUUCUCUAUUCUCCCAUUUCACCUGUUUCUCCAGCUGCAGUUAUAGAGUCAGCAUUUGUACCCUAUGAAAAAUCCGUAAGUGAAGACAUCGGCUCUCAGAAGAUCAUGCAUGCUGAUGUCACCACAAUUCCCGAGCUGAGUCCGAAGUCUGCCAAGGUGAUACAGCGUUCCUUGUCUGACCCUAAACCUCUGAGCCCAACAGCUGAAGAUCCCUCCAGAGGUCAUUUCCAGUACUCUGAUGGCUUCUUGGCAAGCUCUUCGAGUGCAGCAGCAUCAGGAAUGCAGAAAAAGGUCAAAAGGACUCUGCCGAACCCACCGCCAGAAGACGUUGCCGUUGGAGUACAGUCUGCCUUCUCCACUGUGGGAUCGGUUUCACGCCGAAGGAUCUGUAGAAACAAUACCAUGGCCAGAGCUAAAAUCCUCCAAGAUAUAGACAGAGAACUGGAUCUAGUAGAACGAGAGUCAGCAAAGCUUCGGAAGAAGCAAGCAGAGCUUGAUGAGGAAGAGAAGGAAAUAGAUGCAAAACUUCGCUAUCUAGAAAUGGGUAUUAAUCGACGAAAGGAAGCACUGCUUAAAGAAAGAGAAAAGAGAGAGCGUGCCUAUCUUCAAGGAGUAGCGGAGGAACGGGAUUAUAUGUCUGACAGUGAAGUUAGCAGCACCAGGCCUGCCAGGAUAGAAGCUCAGCAUGGUUUGGAAAGGCCUCGGACUGCACCCCAGGCAGAUUUUGAUCAAUUUAUACCCCCACAGACUCAACCAGAAUCUCAGUUCGCAACUCCUACAAGCCCUUAUACGCAGUAUCAGUACUCUUCACCCGCCCUUCCUACUCAAGCACCAACUCAGUACACGCAACCAUCACAUUACCAGCAGCAGCAGCCGCCGCCUCUGUAUCAACCGCAGGUUUCUCCUUACCAGACUCAGUCAGCGUUCCAGUCGGUGGCCACGAUGUCUUUUACACCUCAAGCACAGCCUCAACAGCCUUCCUAUCAACUCUCGUCACAAUUGGUGGUGAUCCCACAAAAAGCAAGGCAAACUUCAUUAUACCUGGAACCUAAGAUAACAACAAACUAUGAUGUAAUUCGCAACCAGCCUCUUAUGAUAGCGCCUUCAUCCUCGGAUAAUGCAUACGCAGCGUCCCAUUUGGGCAGUAAAUACAGUACCUUGGACUUACGGAUGGGACUGGAUGAGAGGAGCAGCAUGGCCAGCAGUCCUAUCUCCAGCAUAUCUGGAGAUUCGUUCUAUGCAGACAUAGAGCACCACACACCACGCAGUUAUGUGCUGAUUGAUGAUAUUGGGGAGCUCACUAAAGGAACGUCAUCUCUGAGCUCUGCUUAUGGCCUUCAUGAGAAGGAUCUAACCAAAACUGAUAGGCUCCUUCGAACAACUGAGGCCCGGAGGGUGCAAGAAGUCUCAGAUUUCCUUCCACCCUUGCAGUCUUCUUCUCGGUUGCACAGUUACAUGAAAACUGAUGAAGAUCCAAUGGAAGAUCCUUACGAAUUGAAGCUUCUAAAGCAUCAGAUUAAGCAGGAGUUCCGCCGGGGUACAGAAAGCUUGGAUCAUCUGGCAGGCCUUUCACAGUAUUACCAUGGAGACACGAGCUACAGACACUUCCCCAAGUCUGAGAAAUACAGCAUAAGCAGGCUUACCUUAGAGAAACAAGCUGCCAAGCAGCUUUCAGCUGCCCUCCUCUACCAGAAGCAGUCAAAGCAUAAGAAGGCUUUGAUAGACCCCAAAUUGUCUAAAUUUUCACCCAUACAAGAAAGCAGGGAUCUUGAGCUGGAUUAUUCUACCUACCUGACCUCCAGCACUUCUUCACUUGGGGGUAUCACCCCCAGAGCAAGGCUUCUCCAAGAUGAUAUCACAUUUGGUCUUCGAAAAAAUAUCACAGACCAACAGAAGUUUAUGGGGCCUACACUUGUACAUUCCAUUGGUACAAGCCUUGGAGCAGCACUGAGCACAACAAUGAGAUCCACUUUACAAGACGAUGCUGAUAAACCCUAUGGCAGUGGCAGCAGAUCCAGGCCUUCUUCCCGACCAUCAUCAGUAUAUGGGAUUGACUUAUCACUGAAAAGAGAAUCUUCAAGCUCUUCUUUAAGGCUGAAACCACAAGAAGUCGAACCUUUAGAUGUUUCCUUCAGCCAUGCAGCCUCUUCUGGAAGAACUAAACCAACCAGUCUACCUAUAAGUCAGAGCAGGGGACGAAUCCCAAUAGUUGCACAGAAUUCAGAAGAAGAAAGUCCUCUGAGCCCUGUGGGUCAGCCAAUGGGAAUGGCAAGAGCAGCAGCUGGGCCUUUACCACCGAUAUCUGCAGAUACGAGGGACCAAUUUGGGUCGAGCCAUUCACUGCCUGAAGUUCAACAGCACAUGAGGGAAGAAUCACGCGCUCGGGGUUAUGACCGGGAUAUCGCCUUCAUUAUGGAUGACUUCCAGCAUGCCAUGUCAGACAGUGAAGCCUACCACCUUCGCCGGGAAGAAACAGAUUGGUUCGACAAACCUCGGGAGUCUCAUUUGGAGAAUGGACAUGGCUUUGAUAGAAGGCUACCAGACAAACUGGCCCACUCGAGACCACCAAGCCAGCAUCAAGACCAAAUAAACGGGAAGCCAAUGCAAUACGUCUUUCCCCAUGCAAGACUCAAACUUCCGAGGGACCCGAAGGACCACUCCGUUUCAGGCAAUGGACUGGGGAUCCGAGUUGUAGGUGGGAAAGAGAUUCCUGGAGCUAAUGGAGAAAUUGGUGCCUAUAUUGCUAAGAUCCUGCCUGGUGGAAGUGCUGAGCAGAUAGGGAAAGUAAUGGAAGGCAUGCAGGUGUUGGAAUGGAAUGGCGUUCCCUUGACUGCCAAGACAUAUGAAGAAGUCCAGAGUAUCAUCGUCAGUCAACAGAGUGGGGAAGCAGAAAUAUGUGUAAGACUGGAUCUCAACAUGCUGUCAGAUGCUGAGAAUCCCCAACAUCUGGAAUUGCUUGACCCAGGAAAAGCUGUGGAAAAAACAAAGUCCCCCGGAGUUGAUCCUAAGCAACUGGCUGCAGAGCUGCAAAAGGUCUCCUUACAGCAAGCGCCUCUGGCUGCCUCGUCAGCGAUGGACAAAGGCUCCUAUGCCCACUCUGGCACGACAUCCGCUACUUCCAGUUCAGUCCCCAGCCCUGGCCAGCCUGGCUCUCCUUCAGUCAGCAAGAAACGCCACAGUGGCAAGCAGCCUGCUGAAGCCACAAAGUCCAAUUCUCAUCCAAUUACUGGAGAAAUUCAGCUUCAAAUCAACUAUGACAAACACCUUGGUAAUUUGAUUGUUCAUGUUCUUCAAGCAAGAAACCUUGCUCCCCGAGACAACAAUGGCUAUUCUGACCCAUUUGUCAAAGUCUAUCUUCUGCCCGGAAGAGGUCAAGUAAUGGUUGUCCAAAAUGCAAGUGUUGAGAAUAAGAGGAGAACUAAAUACAUACAAAAAAGCCUGAAUCCUGAAUGGAACCAGACAGUCAUUUAUAAAAACAUCUCCAUGGAGCAGCUGAAGAAGAAAACCUUGGAAGUAACUGUUUGGGACUAUGAUAGAUUCUCCUCCAAUGAUUUGCUUGGUGAGGUGUUAAUUGAACUAUCGAGCAUCUCUCAACUGGAUAAUACUCCUCGGUGGUAUCCCCUGAAGGAGCAAAGUGAAAGCAUUGACCAUGGGAAAUCCCAUUCUGGACAGAGCAGCCAGCAUUCACCCAAACCGUCUGUCAUCAAGAGCAGAAGUCAUGGGAUUUUUCCUGAUCCAUCAAAAGACAUGCAGGUGCCCACCAUUGAGAAGUCCCACAGCAGCCCUGGAAGCUCCAAGUCAUCCUCUGAAGGACACCUGCGCUCACACGGACCAUCCCGCAGCCAAAGCAAAACCAGCGUCACUCAAACUCACCUGGAAGAUGCUGGCGCCGCCAUCGCCGCUGCCGAAGCAGCUGUCCAACAGCUCCACCUUCAACCAACAGCACACAAAAGCGGUCAGUCUAACCAUGCAAGGAAGCAGCACAGACACAGCAUUGCAGGCGACCUCCCCAUUCAAAGAACUCAGUCUGACAAUCUGCCUCCACCAGCCAGUGACAGCAAAGACCUGGGCCAGCUGGCCCUCAGGAGAGUGAUGUCUGAUGGACCCGCCAAGCCCCAAGGAGCAAAGCCCACCAGCCACCGGCCAGGAGAAAGCUCCGUCUCCACGGGCUCAUCAGCCAGUAGCUUCGGCAGCGGGUACAGUGUGGAGAGUGAAGGAAGCAGCAGCAGCACCACCACCACCACUACCACCGGGGACGGCAACCCGUUUCCUAUUCCAAGAAUAGGAAAGAUGAGCCAGAAUGGACAAGAACCAGUGAAGCUGUCAGGAGUAGGAUCGAUGGAGGCUGAAGGCACAAGCCAGAUUCUGGGUGAAAUCAAGAUUGCUCUAAAGAAGGAAAUGAAGACGGAUGGUGAACAGCUAAUAGUGGAAAUCCUUCAGUGUAGAAAUAUCACGUACAAGUUUAAAUCUCCAGAUCAUUUACCAGAUCUGUAUGUGAAGCUGUAUGUUGUGAACCUUGCUACCCAGAAGAGAGUGAUGAAGAAGAAGACGAGAGUAUGCAGGCAUGACCGAGAGCCUUCGUUCAAUGAAACCUUUCGAUUCAGUUUGAAUCCCAGUGGACAUUCUCUCCAGAUUCUCCUUGUUUCCAAUGGAGGAAAGUUUAUGAAGAAGACUUUAAUUGGUGAGGCAUAUAUCUGGCUUGACAAAGUGGACCUCAGGAAAAGAAUAGUAAACUGGCACAAACUUUUGGUCAGCUCAUCACAAGCACAUUGA